UUCUCUAAAGCCGGACUCGGGCCGUGGAUCGCAACAAGGUUGACGCACUGAGGCAAAAACGAACGAACGACCCCAACCAGGAGAAUGUCUGAACCCAUGUACCGCGAUUGGAUUUUGGACACUAUUGACUCACUGCGGUCGCGAAAAGCCAGACCAGACCUUGAAAGAAUUUGUCGAAUGGUCCGGAGACGACAUGGAUCAGCGCCAGAACAAACCAGCGAGGAACUCGAGAAACUGAUCCAAGAGCAAACAGUCUUGAAAGUUAACUACAAGGGCUCGAUUUCCUAUCGAAAUGCAGCCAAAGUAGUCAGAAGAAGCAGGAAAAAGGAUGAUCACACGACCAAAAGAACUGCGGUGGAAGAAGCUAACCACUCCGAUUUGAGCAACGGGGACAGCGCACUCGGUCCCAUUGACCAGGAUGAGACGGAGCAUUUGGAGAAUGAGGUGCCAGUGUCAAUGGAGACAGACAGCACCAUGGAAGAGGAGGAAGAACAGGAGGGGGCUGAUGAAGAUGGCCAUGAGGGCUCCUCUCCCUCUCCUGGGGGUGAGGAUGCUGUGCAGGGGGGGUCUGGUGCUGCCCACCCCUACUCUGCCCCCUGCUCCCCCAGCAGCUCUCGCCCUGGCCACAGCCCUGUGUCUGACCGCCCCUCUACCUGCAAGACCAGUAAGAGGUCCAGCCCUCUGUCCCCCUCUAGUCCCCUGGCCCUCAGGCAGAAUGACUGUGUGUGUGACUCUGCCUUCUGCCCUGCUGACCAUGGACCCUCAGGGAUGCAGAGAAACACAGGAACUGGGGCUUUAAAGACGAUAGUACAGCCAUCGGGGACCUGUCCAUGGGUUCAGAAGAGCUUGGUGAAGAGAGAGGAUGGGGUGAGGAUGGAGGAGAGUGGCCUCACUUCAGACCAACUGGUUCCUGACUGUGUGGAUGAGACCAUGAAGGGUUCUGACAGACAGCCCAAGACGUUGUCUUUUCCCUCUGACGACUGUGUUAAAUACAAGAAGGGGAUGGACGUUGCCUCUUACGUGAUGGCUCAAGACGAUGUCAAGAACGAUGUGAAAAACAGAGAAAUCUCUGUGAAGAAGGAGACGCUGAGGCAGAACUUAUUACUGUGGAGCGUGGCGGAAGUGGCCACCUACAUCUCUGCUGCAGGCUUUCCAGAGCAGGCUGUAGCUUUCAGAACACAGGAAAUUGAUGGAAAGUCCCUGCUCCUGAUGCAGCGCAGUGACGUGUUAACUGGCCUGUCCAUCAGACUUGGGCCCGCCCUAAAGAUCUACGAGCGCCAUGUGAAGGUGCUGCAGAGGACCCACUUCCUGGAUGAGGAGGAUGAUCUCUGACCACGGUUGGGGGGAACAGAACAACACACUCCUCUGAGGAGCAGAUGUAUUCAUACAGUAUACACACAUACUGUGUUCACUGGAUCUCUAGAACCUUCUGUAACCGUUCAAGGAGGUGUGGGGAAAAGGACACUGUGGUCGUGACUUGGGCCUUGACAGUGAUUAUCAACAUGUGUACGUGGGCUUCCAUUCCACCUCUCUGUGGUACUGCUGUCACCUGACCCAUUCUGGUGGUAUUGCUUUUAUAGGAUCCCUCUCUAAACUCAUACAGGAAUGUUAGGAUCCUGCCUAAGGACGCUAUAGAAGUCAAGUGGAGGUCUGCCUGUUCUGUAAGUGGAGGUCUGCCUGUUCUGUAAGGGGAGGGCUGCCUGUUCUGUAAGGGGAGGGCUGCCUGUUCUGUAAGGGGAGGGCUGCCUGUUCUGUAAUGGGCGGGUCAGUGAGUGCAGCCAGUGAGAAAGACCUUCUCUGGAUUCCUCACACUCUACACUUGGCUACCACUGGAGCCUACUUUAAAAGACUGGUUUCUGUGCUCCCUGAGUCAGUUCCACAACAAAAUAAUAACAUGUAUACUUGGAAUAUCUGUUCCAGCAAAUAUGGUUCUUGCAUUUCUUCAUUGUUUACUCAGACAGUAUUUUUUUUUAAAGACGUCAUAUGAUACCCUCCAUUUAUCUAGAAACUCAACUUUGUUUUUCUUUUAUGAUGACAAUGUGAACUGAUUUAAUUUGAGAAUGUACAAUAUGAAUUUGUUGAUUCAUCAAGGUCAGUGAUGUUGUCAAUCUCUCAUUAUACCAGCAAAGGAAAUGGAGCUUAGUCUCCAGAUGUUCUCAUGGCUUCACCAGUACUGACCUAGGUUUUAUUACUGUUGUUAUCUGUUUCACAAACAUUUUGAAAUAGCAAUAUGUAGUACCUGCUAAACUAAGGCAACAUAAUAUGUUAUUUGUAUGGUUGUCCUCUGCAUUCCUCUUCCCUUCAUUUAUGUUCACGUCAUUUCUAAACAUUUUAGAUUAAUCUAAUUUAAUCUACUGUGGAUGAACCUAGAUUUCAUCUACAAAAUGAAAACCGUAUGAAGCAGAAUUCUAGAUGAAAUGGGCUGGCAGACCAGAUGUGACCAAUGUUUCUGCCUGCUUCAGCUUGAGGAGAGAGAAACAACUGAAUUCUGUUCUUCUUCUUUUAAAGGGAAAAUUAACCAACCCAAAAAUUAACUUCUAGAACUUUAGGAAGUGUCAUUGUAGCACUAAUACGUUUUCUUUGUUUACAACCUCAACACAGCAACAUACAAUUCCCCACGACAUGGUAGACAUCUUGAUCAAAUUCAACAUUGUUGUUAUCUGAGAGGAUUACAAUGAGGUCUCUUAAUUUUGCCUUGUGGCUUCUGCUUUUGAAACAACGUCACAUUCCAUAUUUCCAUCUGUUACGUGUUUGAUGUCACACUGUUAAUUGCUAUGUUGGCCCUGUUUCCAGUGGGGAAAAUAAAGUUAUUGUCUUUUCCA